AUGACAGCAACAGCAACGACUGCUUCACAGGCAGUAUCAGAAUGGGUGAAAGUUUUUCCUAAGCAGGUAACAGAGAAUUAUACGAGUUCUGUUACCUUUAUGAAACAAUUGACAGUGAUAGCAGUAAGUACUAUAACGUACUUGAAGAACGCGUUCCCAGAGGAUAGUUACACAGUGGAAACGUUUGCUGGCGUCAAAUUGCGUAUUCUGAAGAAAAAAUGUAGAAACGAACUAGCGCAGUUCCUAAGCACUGCUUUGAUCCAAGCAUUUGAUGCGUUCGAUAAAAAGUUUCUUCACCAGCUAGCGCUAUGUUUCUACGAGGAUGAGUGUAAGCCAGAGAAUCUCAUAGAGUAUCAUAUAUUCGAGUACUCAUACAACAAAGAAGGCGUCACUCUCGACUUACACUCUAAGAGUCGCCACAGUCGCCACAGUCGCCACAGUCGCCACACCGAGUACACGUUCGAGAACGUUCGCGACCGGACCGUGCAUCUCAUACGCGCGUGUAUUGUUAUCAUGCAGUCCUGUCACACACAGCUGCCCGCCUCAUACGACGUCAGUCUGAGAUUAUAUUAUAAUCAAGAUGCCCCUCCAGACUAUCAAGCCCCGGGGUUCCUCAGUACCAACGAGUCCGAAGACCACUUGGAGCCCUACCUAGCGGACGCCAUCAAGCUAGGCUGGGUUGAGACUCCGUACCAUAAACUAAUAGCGAGGUCCUUCAUCAAGGAAAACGUCGGAGCAAGCCACGAGGCUAACCCGUCACAGAACCGUCCAAUAUUAACCAACGAUAUUCAAGCUUCUGGUUCAGCCAUCGCACCUGAAGACGAUGUCCAAAUAGUCUGUCCCUGUAACAGGAAUGAAGGCGGAUGUGACGUCAGCGAGCUGAUCAAGUGUCUGUUCUGCGGCAAGUUCCAGCACGCGAGUUGUUUCGGCGUGUAUGACGUCACGUCUCACUGCUGCGUGUCCUGUUAUAUAACAGACACUAACAGGCAACCCACUGAUAAGAAACUGGCCGCUCUCACACAGGAGAAGAGAGAGAGCCUGUGUAUAUUUCGGCGAGCGUUGGACUGGUGUACUAGAAUACCAAGUGUGGAUGGUCCAAGUUUAUCACAGAGGUUCCGUCUAUCAGAGAAGAACGCGCACAAACUGAUGAGACUCCUACACUCACACGGAGUGGUGCCCGACGAACCCACAGAUUCGAAGACACCACAAGAAAUCAUAACAGUAGCGCUUGAAUCGGCUAUAACCAAGUUCUUUAAUGUGAACAAAGAUGUGGGGGAGCAUCUGCUGGCGGAAACCUUCUUGGAGGAGUCUGACUCACUUUCAGGGGUCAUCAGCCCCUUCGAACAGGUGAGCCUGACACCUGAUGGCAGUAAGACAGGGGUCACGACCCCUGACAAAAACAGACACACACUGGACCAACAAGCCUCGUCCCCUGAGGAUAUGAUGUUAGAUGGGAAAAGUGCUAAGAGGAAGCUGAGUGAGAGGAAUCUUAGGAAAGGGGUCCGUACUAAGAGGUCCAGACAACAAUAA